CACAACGAGGAAGUGUUUAGUCUAGGCAAGAGAUUUGAAUCUCAUGAACGGUUCAAGAAUGUUGUGAGAAGGUAUGCCGUAAUUAAUGAAUUUGACAUUUUUUGGCAAAAGAGUGAAUAUAAAAGAAUGGAAGCAAGGUGUGUAAGAGGAUGCGGUUGGAGGUUGUACGGCAGUUGGAUUCAGAAUGAGAAAACUUUUGUCAUAAAGAGAGUUGGAGAUCCUCAUAGUUGCAAUAGAAGUCUAAAAAAUAGGCAAGUCACCAUUACUUGGCUCGCUCAAGAGUACAUGCCUAAGAUUAGAGCUAAACUCACUUACUCAGCUGCAGAAAUGCAGGCGGAUGCAAGAGAAAGGUUUGCGCUGGCACUUGACAAGAAGAAAUGUUAUAGAGCUAUAUGAAAAGCUCUUAGUGAUAUAAGGGGCCCGAUUGAGGAUCAAAAUGACUUGCUAAGAUCUUAUUUGGCGGAGCUCAAAAGAGUUAGCAAGGAUGGAACAUUUGACAUAGAAGUCAACCCAGCUACCAAAGUAUUUGAGGGAUUUUAUGUGGGUUUUGAUGAGUUGAAAAUGGGUUUUUUAGUAGGAUGUAGGCGUGUCAUAAACUUAGAUGGGUACUUUCUUAAGACUGGAUUGAAGGGUAUGUUAUUGUGUGCUAUAGGACGAGAUGGAAACAAUCAAAUGUUUUCAAUAGCUUGGAUAGUUGCGGAAGUUGAGUCCGAGGCAUCUUGGACUUGGUUUCUCACCCUGUUAUUCACAGACUUGAACGUGGGAACGGGCGAGGGUUGGACUUUUAUUAGUGAUCAACAAAAGGGACUAAUAAAUGCAGUUUCAUGCCUAUCUCCACAAGCAAAGCAUCAAAAUUGUGCAAGAUAUAUAUAUGCUAAUUGGAAAAAAUUGUAUAAAGGGGUCACUCUUAAGAAUCUCUUCCGGAGGGCUGUAAGGUGUACAUUUAGAGCUGAAUUUGACCUAGCAAUGGCAGAUUUGAAGGAGUAGUGCCCUAACGGUUAUGAAGACUUUAUGAGGCAAGGCCCAGAGCACUUCUGUAGAGCUUUCAUUAAGACAGGUACUAAGUGUGAUGCGGUUGAUAAUAACUUGAUACAUUUACAUACCAAGAGCAAAACCCAUACUUGAGAUGCUUGAAGCAAUAAGAGCUAUAUUGAUGGAGAGGAUGGCGGAGAGAAUUCAGUUAAUGGUGGAUCGAACAAAUCCAAUUUGCCCAAGGAUUAGAAUGAAGUUGGAGAAGACUAAGCUAGAAUCGAGGUAUUGUAUUGCUAGAGCGGCAAUGGGGUAUACAUUUGAGGUUCAAGUAGUUGACAAUAGAUUUGUGGUUGACUUGGUUGGGAAGACUUGUGCUUGUAGGGAAUGGGAUAUAUUUGGAAUACCAUGUAAACAUACUAAAUGUUGCAUUAGUUUCAUGAAAUUAGAUAUCAAUGAUUACGUUGAUGACUGCUUCAAGAAAGAUGGUUAUGAGAGAUGUUAUCAAUUUCCCCUCCCAGCCAUGAAUGGACAACAAAUGUGGCCCAAAGUCCGUGGUGAGCCAAUCAAACCCCCACCUUAUCGAAGGAAAAGGGGGAGAGAGAAGAAAAACAGAAUCAAGGAUAAAGAUGAGCGAAGUAGUGAUGAUAAGAAAUUGAUGAAAGCUGGAGUCCAAAUGCGAUGUUCAAAUUGCAUUCAGUAUGGGCAUAACAAGAAAACAUGCAAGAAUCCUACUGUACCUAGGCCAUCCAAAGCAAAAAGAGGAAGACCAAAGAAGACUACUAGUGCGCAGGAUAGUGCACAUGCCAGUAGAUCAUCUAAUGGGAACUCUGCUAUCAUCAGGAAGGAGAGAGCACAUGUUAGUAUUUUUUUAGCCACAUUUUAUUUUCAUAACACUUGUGUAUAUUUUGAUUAA